AUGGAGAGCCCCCUUGAUGUGGGGAGUGGGCCGGUGAAGGUGCGCGACGCCCUUCUGGGGCUCACUGCGCUCAACCACGACGUGGUCUUGCUCGACUACGGCAAUGUCGUGAUCCAAAGGGAUUACAGGAACUUGUCAAAGGUCCGACUAUUGUCAGGCGGUGUCGCUGGGACUGACCUAAUUCACGCCGUUUGUGUGGGCAAAGGGAUGCUAACGGCUGCCAUUCUGGGGGAGGAGACGGUGCCAAGCUCCCGUCAAAUUCUGCACACGAUUAAGGAGCUGAACGAAGGGGACAAUUGCGGGAUUUGUGUGAUAGUGCAAGCAAACGCUGAUUUGUUCAAUUUUGGGUUGGCGGUCGAACGGGCCAACACGGACUGCCGGACACGAGUUAAACUACUCCCAAUUAAUGACGAUAAGAGCGCUAAAAAGGAGCGAUAUUCGUGCGGGUUUAUCCUCCUGGCUAAAAUUCUGGGGGCCUUGGCGGAAAGCGGCGCCUUGUACAAUGAUGUUUGCGAGUGUUAUAAACAAAUAAUUGAUCAAAUUAUAACCGUUCCUUUGAACUACACGCACGAUGGGUCGGGCACCCGAAAACGCAAAAGUUUAGUUCUGUCCGAUUUUGAGUCAAACUUUAGACACAUUAUUGAUAAAAAAUCGCAAGUUUUCUUAGGCCUUCACCCCUCUAUACCGACGGUCGCUCUAAUUAACGCGUCUAGAACAAUGGAGAGAUACGUAGAGUUGAGUUUUGUCAAACAAGUCAUUGAAAGACUGAAGGAACUGGGCGUUUGUGUUGUGCGAAUUUAUUACGGGAAUUUCAUUUCAGUGGCCCCCGGAACGGCCUUUCUGACCGUAAUGAAGGUGCACGACAUGAAAAUUAUCGAUUACUUGGACGCCCCAUGCGGCGCCACCGGUUGGCGUCAUUUCACGCAAUUUUUGCCCGAAAUCAGCGCCCAGAACGAGAUUCCGGGCCUGCUGACCCACUAUGGUAAGCAGCACAUCAAGCUGAAGGGCCCCAAACUGGGGGAAUUCCAGAGUAGUAUUCUUGUCAAGGCUGUGCAAUUUGCGUGCGACGCCCUUAUUUCGUGCGAGCGCCAGUUGAAUAUAAUAGACGAGGAAAAAAGCGAUGGCAAUGUUGGCACCCGCCUUAAGAACAUGGCCGAAGGCGUGAACAAACGCAUCAACAGUAAAAAAUUGCCCAUAAGUUGUCCGUACGGUUUUUUGAAAAAAAUGGGCAUCAUCGCCGAGUCGGCCAUCGGGGGCGCCAUGGGCUCGAUUUAUGGCGUCAUGUUUGAAAGUGCUGCCAAUUUGUUCGGGGGAUUACCCGAUACGGAGACCGUGACUCCGGGCAUGUGGGCGAAGGCGUUCACGGUGGGAGUCGAAUCCUUGAAACGAUAUUGUAUGAGGGAACCGGACGAAAAAACAAUGUUAUAUCCGCUGAAACGAAGCGAUGUAACUAUCAGAAAUGAAAUGGAAAAGGGGGAGCACUAUUUGCAAUAUUUCGGACUGGGGGUCAGCGCGGCUGAAGAGGCGGCACAAGAAACGAAGCUUCCGCAGAGUAAAUAUUCGGACGCGGGCGCGCACGCGGUCGGGAUAUGGAUGCGGGCGGUGCUUGAGGGGGUUAAAUUGAUGACUGGGGGCAAUCUGUGCGAGGGUGAAAGUUUAAAUAAAUAAUACAAAAAAACGUGU